AUGAAGAUUGAUCUUGAUCUCUGGUUCGAUGACUGGCUUCGCAUAAUUGAGGGAUCUGCCGCGGCACAACAAGAGAAACCGUACUUACUGGCAGCCCUACGGGUUCAAAAAUGCUGGGCAGAAAUGAUGCUCAACUGUAAAGCCCUUCGGACAAUGGGUGUUGAGAAUGUUGCCGCCAUGUCAUCUACUGAGCGGAACAUCCUGCUUGCUGCUAAAGCCAGUGCCCGCCGACACCUCCGGAUCAUAAUCAUUGAGCCUGAUUUUUACCUGGCAAAGCUGAAAUAUGCAAUGGAUUUUGUAUGGGCCAAGUGUGCCUUUUCAUUCCUGCUGCUUCUCAAGCUCUCAAGGCUUCUACCUGAGCGUGACGAGGAACAUCAAGAGCUUCUGGAGCACGGAAACCGCCUUGUGGAGGAGCUGAGCAAGGCUGGCUCGAAUACAAACCAGUCUGGAGCCGGUAACAUUUACCUCCAAAUCCUGAAGGUCAGCAUCGAGAAGUAUGGCCGUGCGUUACAAGAGUCCCAGCAACCCAGUACUGGCGGUUCGGCAGCCACAUCGCCAUUCUGGGAAUUGUUCGAUGCGCAGGCCGAUCUACAAUGGUUCGUACCGGAGCAAUUCGUUUCGGAGUGGGAUUUCCCCGGUUUGAAUUUGUUCUACUUCCCACUGCGUGGCAGGACUUUUUUGGCGACUUUUCUCUGGCUAUGUGAAGUGUAUAACGAUGUCAGAUGUUGA